AUGUGUACUUUCCUUGGUACCUCUCUCAUUACUUGGAAAUCUAAGAAACAGAAGAUUGUCAGUAGUAGCAGUACUGAGUCUAAAUAUAGAGCUAUGGCUAUAGCUUCUGAUGAAUUGGUUUGGUUGGUACAGCUACUACGAGCUCUUCAGAUUCCAAUUCAGGGUCCUGCCAAUCAAUUCGGGAAUCAGUUAGCGGAUAUACUGACGAAACCCUUACAGGCGGGACCGUUUCACUCCAUCCUCGACAGGAUGUCUGUUUCAAAUCUUUUCCUUCCAUCUCCAGAUUCUAGUUCAAAGACUUGA